AUGACUGAGGCUGAGGGCCAAGACUCCGCGGUAGCGGACAUUCCGGAGCGAAACCUUGGCAUAGAGCCGGAAGAGGAGACAGUCUGCACGGACGGUCGCAUUCUUUCAGAGCAAGAGAGAACGCGGAAAAAGCGAAGAGAAAGCAGUUCACUUCGUUCAGUGACAUCCUUCACCUCAGUUCCCGACGUAGAUGCUAGGGAAUUCGUUGAGGGUGAGGUGGACCUUCCCGAAAAGCCUUUGGAGCGAAGUGGAUACGGGACGCUCCAACCCGGUGAAAAUGCCGACGUCCCUGAGCGCGAGGUGGGCGGUUCACCAGUGGAAGCACAGCCGAAGGAGUCCAUACUGCGCCAGGACGGCGGCGGUGAGCCCAUCGAGGUUGUGGAAGUUCCUGAGCACGAGCUUGCUCGCCAGGAUGGUGACAAGGGGCAAGCCAAGGAGAGUCUGCUGGGCGAGGACGAGGCGACAACGGCGGAGGCACAGUUGCUACCCGAACGCGACCUUGGGGGUGAGGCCGACGAGGCAGAACCCAAGGAGUCCAUACUGCGUCAGGACGGCAGCGGUGAGCCCAUCGAAGUUGUGGAAGUUUCUGAGCGCGAGCUCAGUCGAUUGCCUGCUAAAGUGAAGGUAACAGGGAAGGAGAUGACUGAGGCUGAGGGCCAAGACUCCGCGGUAGCGGACAUUCCGGAGCGAA